GGUUGCCAAUCGAAACGCGCAUGGCAACAAUUGGACGACUCCGAACCUGGAUCCUGACGGAAGCCGCCACCUGACCCGUGCAUGACGCCGAUAUCGUCCGGAACUGGUACGAGGGACGGCCAUGGCAUUGCCAGCAACCUGGAAGUGCCCUUGAAACGACGCUGGAAGAACAGACCCAAGGGUCGCCAACCUGUAAGUUCUCGGAACAAAAUAUGGCCCCGCAAGCGCCCUCGGAAGGACAGAUCAAAAGCUGCACGGACGCGCGUAAUAUAUUCGCGGUUCAAGCAAUCCGGAAUUGCCAUGCGGGACGGCAAUGGAUCUCGAGGUUCCCUUGGAAAGAGGCAGCACAGAACAGGCUCGACAGACGGUCGCCAACCUGGAAGUGCCCUUGGAACGACGCUGGGAGGAACAGGCUGAACGGUGUCCGGCCGCGGUAGAUUUAAGCUACCGGAAUCGACCAAAUAGAUACAUGGCGGAUUAUUUUCCUGUGCCAUCU